AUGGUUGCUGCCUCGCGCCGCACCUCAGAGCUGGGGGAGAUCACCCACCGCAGCGGUGCUUCCGGGCACCCAGCAACGCUUGAUCCCCCCCCUAUACUAUCCUCCCCGCGUAGUGUUGCUUCGGCGACGCCCGGCCUUGGAUGUUAUUGGGGGGCCCUCGCCGCGCUGGGCCACUGGUGUAUCCGCUGCGGUGACUGA